AUGCAUCAUAUUUGGAAAGAUGGGGACAGUGAGGCUCAUCUAAGCUGCACCUGGUGUUUUACAGAUUGGAAAGAGAGCACUGUGCACAAGCAUGAGACCAGGCCCCCCAAAACCCCACGGGAGGGAAGUUCCCAAGGCACUCUGAUGCGCAGCAAGCCACAAGAACCUUCCGUUCUGCCUUAUGCUCCAGUGACCCAGCAGCAGCAAUCUGUGAUUUCUUAUUCAGCAAAGAACCUCGGUCCCAUUGCCAGGCCCAAAAGAUACUCAAGUGUUAUCAUGCAAAAGUGUACAGUCCCUCAGCCUCUUCUACUGCAGCCACAGGUCCCUAAUGCCACCAAGCACGAUUCUGUUGCUGCUGCCGUAGAGUGGCAGAGGAAGCUGGAGGCUGCUGAGGCUCUGUUGGCUCUGAGAAACUCUCCUCUGCCUUCUCCUGUUUCUGCCUCUCCAAAAAGGCAUGGCAAAAUGACCAAUAGCUAUCUAUGGAACACAAGGUAGGGAGAGU